AAACAAGCACACCUUUUCCCAUUUCAUUUCUUUACAUUCGUUUUUCCCAUGUCAUGGCAUCUCAAAUUCUAAAACCCUAAUUUAGUUAACCUCAUAAUCGGAGAAGAAUCGGCGUUGAAUUUCAUAUCCCAUGGCGAUUCCACCGCCGUCAAACCUAUUAGACGAAGCUCUCGACGGCAAGGGCGCCGGCGAUUUCGCCGCGUCGCCGUUGUCCGGCGGCAGGAUGGUGCUGGUGGAGGAUUGUGUCGAAACUGGCGGAGCAUUCGUGCUCCAUCACUUACUGAAGCGAUGCCUCUCCCCUCACUCCUCUGACGCCGUCGUAUUCCUCUCCUUCGCCCAUCCAUUCUCUCACUACGAUCGCAUCCUUCGAAAAAUGGGUUGCAAUCUGAGCUCCCAAAGGGAUAACAAGAGAUUGCUGUUCUUUGACAUGCUCAUGGCGGAUCGUCUCGGUAGAAAUCGAGGAAAAUCAGUUGAGGACAUAUUUGUCGCACUGUAUGGAGAUGUUCACAGAGCUGUCGAACUUUUUCUAUCCCACGAGGAAGGCAGGCGGCAUGUCACAUUAAUUGUUGAUGAUGUCUCUCUGAUGGAAAUCGAUGCAAAGGGAUCUUCAAACCUAGUCUUGGAUUUUCUGCAUUAUUGCCACAGCUUAACUUCUCAAUUCGCUUGCUCCUUUGUUGCCCUUAACCAUGAUGAUGUGUACUCAACUGCUGAUCGGUCAACCCUUCUUUUGCAAAUGGAAUACUUGGCGGAGGUGGUGAUAAAAGUGGAGCCUUUAGCUACCGGUCUGGCAAAGGAUGUUCAUGGGCAGUUGACUGUAACAAAUAAAGGGCUCGAAGAUAUCUCAGGGAAGCUGAGAAACAAGGUUCAUAUUUUCCAGUUCAGGAUUAAGGAUAGCAGCGUCGAAUAUUUUUAUCCUGGAAGCAAGACUUGAAAGCAAUUCGGGACGAAUAAAAGAAAUAUUGUCGAAUGACCUUCGCAAAGCGAUUCCUACAGUUGAUAACCUUUAUCUGCCGAACAGACCCCAAUCAGAGCAGGACAGCAGGACACGUCAGAUGUCAGAUCCGCUAGCCAUAAGUUGUCAGACCCGUCAGUCCCGUCAGUGCGUCAGAUCCUAGAGGAGCGUCGCCCAGUCUACUCGGCAGCCCUAAUCGCCGACAGCACGUUGGAGAUCCGAUCCGACGCAUCCCGCAAAUUGCAGAACUUGUAUUUGCAUGAUUAAAUCAUGUCUGAGGACGGAAAAACCAAAAUUGAUAAGUUCGACGGAAAAAAUUUCGGUUGGUGGAAGGUGCAAGUCGAGGAUUUGCUUUGCCAGAAGGAUUUGGAUUUGCCUUUGACAGGAAGACAACAUGAGAAGAUGAGCGAUGAUGAAUGGACAAUCCUUAACAAGAAAGCCCUGUCAGUUAUCAGAUCUACGCUAGCAAAAAACGUUGGACUCACCAUUCUGAAGGAGACUACCACAUAUGGGUUGAUGAGGACAUUGACAAACAUGUACGAGAAGCCAUCUGCUUCCAACAAGGUAUUUUUGAUAAAACAAUUGGUGAAUACAAGAAUGAAAGAAGUCACAACCGUUAGUAGUUCAGCAGGAAAUUCUAAACUCACUUUUGACGGCAUUCGUGACUUGAUCAUUGGAGAGGAUAUACGAAGGCGAAACUCGGGUGAAACUUCAAGCGCCCUGUUGAGCACGGAAAGAAGAGGCAGAAAAAAAGAAAAAAGGAAUGGCAGAGGAUGAUCAAAUUCUAGAAAGAUGGGUCAGUGCUGGAAUUGCAAAGAGUAUGGGCACUGUAGAAAUCAAUGCUCAAAACUGUCAGAGUAUGGGCACUGUAGAAAUCAGUGCUCAAAACUGUCAGAGCAAAAUGAGGUGAAUGCCAUUACAGACAGCUCAGACGAUGCACUCAUUUGCUGUGUUGAGAAUUCAACUGAGUCGUGGAUUAUGGAUUCUGGUGCAUCACUUCAUGCUACUUUUAGCACGAAGACGAUGAAGAAUCUACGGACAUGUAACUUUGGUAAAGUUCGUUUGGCAAAUAUCGACUCUCUUGACAUCACAGGGAUACAGGGAUGGGUGACAUAGAUCUAAAGACUCUUUUCGACACGAUCUGGACGUUGAAGGACGUUAGGGUAAUCCCUAAUCUUAAGAAAAUGCUCAUCUCCAUUGGGCAGCUAGAUGAUCAGAGAUAUAACGUCACGUUUGGAGAAGGGCAAUGGAGAGUCGUCAAAGGCAAUCUCGUAAUUGCCAGAGGCAAGAAGAGAGGUACUCUAUACAUGGCCGAUGUUUCUGAAAAUGAAGCGAAUGCAGCAACUAGCAAGCAAAGUCCGUUUGUUUUAUGGCACCAACGACUUGGCCACAUGAGCAUAAAAGGAAUGAAAAUGUUUGUCGCAAGAGGAAAGCUUCCAGAUCUAAAGAGGGUGGAUUUCGAGUUUUGUGAGCCCUGUGUGCUUGGCAAGAAAAAGAAAGUUUCUUUUGCAAAGACGGGGCAAACACUGAAAGCUAUGUAGUUGGAAUUGCUUCACUCUGAUGUCUAUGGACCAAUACCAGUCUCUUCCUUUGGCGGAUCAAACUACUAUGUAUCGUUCAUUGAUGAUUCAACAUGAAAGGCAUGGGUCUAUUUUCUUAAAAACAAGUCUGAAGUUUUCAAUACUUUUAAGAAAUGGAAGACUGAUGUUGAAUUAGAAACUAACCUGAAGGUGAAGUGCUUGAAAUCGGAUAAUGGAGGUGAAUAUAUCAGCACAAAGUUCACCGAGUAUUGUGCUGAACUCGGGAUUCGGAUGAUCAAGACUGUCCCAGGCACUCCUCAGCAAAACGGAGUGGCAGAUAGGAUGAAUAGAACACUAAAUGAGAGGGCCAGAAGCAUGAGAUUGAAUGCUGGACUUCCAAAGGCGUUUUGGGCCGAUGCAGUUAACACUCCUGCCUAUCUUAUCAACCGAGGACCAUCAGUGCCAUUGGGUUUCAAGAUACCCGAAGAAGAGUGGAAAGGGGAAACAGUUUAGUAUGAACACUUGAGAGUGUUUGAAUGCAGUGCCUGUGCCUAGGAUCUGACAAGAGACGGUGACAAGUUAGAUGCCAAAGCCAGAAAAUACACCUUCAUCGGAUACAGAGGAGACAAGAUGGGCUAUCGGCUAUGGGACUUUGAAAGUAAAAAAGUUGUUAGAAGCAACCAUGCCACAUUCAAUGAGGCUGAACUUUUCAAAGACAAAAGCACAAAAAGUCCGAAAGUUGCGAAAUUACAGGUUAAGUUCGACAGUGAUGUUAUCGGAACUAGAGAGUCAGUGGGUUCUCAAGACCGUGGGAGUCACAAGUUUGAAGGCAAUCAAGGGGACUUUGUCGACAGUGAAAGUUUGGAGGAGGAAGGACCUCUCUGUUCACCAGUGCAGCCGCAGCCAACCGAGUCCCAAUGCGUUAGGAGAUCCACUAGAGUUACCAAACCUCCAGCGAGAUAUGAUCCUAGUGUAAACUAUCUCCUUCUGAUUGAAAAUGGUGAACCAGAAAGUUAUCAUGAAGCAGUUAAGCAGAAUGAUUCGAUUCAGUGGGAGCAUGCCAUGAAAGAAGAGAUGAGUUAUUUGCACAAAAACAAGACAUGGAUUUUGACUAGACUUCAGAAAAGUGUGGCGCUUUCGACAACAGAAGCUGAGUAUAUGGCAGUUGCUGAGGGCAGCAAAGAGUUAGUUUGGCUAAAAAACUUUCUCCUGGAGUUGGAUAAAAGGCAGGCGGAUUAUUCAAUACUCUGACAAUGAGAGUGUAGUAAAACUUAUCAAGAACCUUGUCUAUCAUGGAAAAACGAAGCAUAUUGGGAUGCGAUAUCACUUUAUCAACGGAUUGAUAAGUGAAGGGAUGAUGAAGUUGAAAAACAUCUCAGGUGCUAUGAAUCCAGCAGAUACGUUCACAAGAUUGUGACGCUGGACAAGCUGAAGUUAUGCAUGACUUUAGCUGUUCUUAAUGAAAAAUGAUGAGAAGACCGGAGCAAUCUAGUGAAGCGGAGGAUUUUACAGAAGUCCAAUGGAGCACAGAUGUUUCGAAGCCUUCAAGUGGGAGAUUGUUAAGUCUAGGCUUCUUUAGGUAUUUAACCUUAAUGGGCUUAAGAGUUUGGGUCCAAUUGUUAUUAACCAUAAACUUAGUUUAUAAAUACCCCUCUUGUACUUGUAAUAAUAUAGCCGCCUCAUAUUACAGUAAUAAGAAAAGCUUCUUGGUUGCCCCCGUGGACGUAGGUCGAUAACCUUUAUUGGCCGAAUUACGUAAUCCUUUGUGUUCUACUUUCUUGUUGUGUGCGUGUGAGAGUUAAUCCUAACAUAGGGGACUGUAAUUUGUACUGCAUUCCAUUAUUGAAUGAUUUUGGAGGCCGGUU